CCGAGCCCGCCCGCCUGGGACUGGGCUGCAGCGCGCGUGCAGCUCGCAGGGAGCAGCCUGGGAGUCCGGAGCCGCGGCCGCCGAGCUAACAGGGGGCUUCCGCCAGCCCCAUAGCUGCCUCCCUCCCAGGGCCUCUCCCUCGCCGCCUCGCCCUCCGGCAUGAUCGGCCACUUCUAGCUGCGCCCUGCCCGGGACGGACGGUCACGUGCGCCAAGUCCUGGCCGGCCGGGCAGCCACGUUCCCAUGGUUCAAGGGUACUGUGGCUUGUGUUCCAGGCUGUUGAUGGAGAAGGGGGCGGAUGACAGCCGGGACAGUGGUCAUCACCGGGGGCAUCUUGGCAACUGUGAUCCUCCUGUGCAUCAUUGCUGUUCUGUGCUAUUGCCGACUCCAGUACUACUGCUGCAAGAAGGAGGAGUCAGAGGACGACGAGGAGGAGCCCGACUUCGCAGUGCACUCGCACCUGCCACCCCUGCAUUCCAACCGCAACCUAGUGCUCACCAACGGGCCAGCCCUGUACCCCGGCGCCACCUCAGCCACUGCCUUCGGCCACAAGUCCCCACAGGCUCGCAGUGCCCUGUGCCGAAGCUGCUCCCACUACGAGCCGCCCAGCUUCUUUCUGCAGGAGCCCGAGGAGGAGGAGGAGGCAGCCAUGCGCAACGGCGGGGAGCGUGUGCUGGGCUACCGCAGCAUCAGCCAGGAAGACUUGGAGCUGCCGCCAGCUGCCGGGGCCUUCGCUGGGCUGCUGGCGCUCAACCCCAACCGCCUGUCGGCCAUGCGUGAGGCUUUCUCCCGCAGCCGUAGCAUCAGCACCGAUGUCUGAGCCGAUGCGUAAGCCGGCUACUUCUCAGACCAUGGAGGGGGCCCUGGGGCCCGCGCCUGGGCCCCAGCCAGCUACCCUCAAUUCCCUGGCAUCACAGGGGACCUGGGGUUGGGGAGCCUUAGGGCCCAGCCUCAGGGAGUUCCAGGGCUCCCCACAGGGCUAAGGCAGCCUAGCCACUCUCCGGGCUGUGACAGAUGAGCAGGUGCCGGGAGCUGAGCAGUGUGCUGGAGCCAUUGUCCCUUUGCAGCUCGGCCCUUCCAGAACAGCCACUGCUGGCUGCAUGGCUUGACUAUGUCAGCUGUCUCUGGACCUCAGCGGAUGCUCUGGCUCUCAGGAGGGAUGACUGCAGCCAUGCAUGAUGUGUCUCCUCCCUCCUGGUUUCAAGUGCCCAGUGCACUGGUGGAGUAGCCCUCUUUGCAGAUUCCCCUAGAAGGGGAGGGUUCCAAGGAAUUGGAACUCCGGGGAUGCCCAGCUCCAAGUGGAUUGGGUUUUUUUUUUGGAGGGAGGAUGGGGUGCAGAGAGAAGAAGAGGCUGUUUCCUUGCUCUGUGCUAUUGUCCACAUGACUUUGUGCCACCAUCUGGGGGGAUCUGCACAGCUGUGGACAGUGGCCAGAGUGGCCCACCAUCUCCCCACAAGGUCUGGCCCCUCCUGUUCCAGGCCUUGACUUUCCCCCUCAUGCAGAGAUGUGUGGCUGGCCUUGGAAGCCCUGCCAGCUCUGACCCCCAAGGGGCCCCAGCCUGAAAGUGAGGUCCAGUCCCCCCAUAUCCCCUCAGCCCUGCUGAGCCUUCUAUCAGCAAGCUCCCACCUGGGCUAGGAAUGAUCCUGGACUUCCUUCUGCAGCUCCUUCCCUGUGGCUGGGGAACUCAUGUCCAAUGGGUGUUCCAGAGAAGCACCCCAGACCCAUGGCUGUGCAGCUCCCAGGUCAGAGGCAGCAUCUCCUCCCCAAGGCCCCCUCAUCUCAGGAGUGCUCUGCUCUAGACCUUGCCAUGGAACCUCUGGAGCAUGGGAGUCCCCACAGGACCAGGGAGGCUGGCCAGACACCCCAGCUAAGCCCCCUUCCUGAAAGACAGCAUCUACAGCAUGUGAUGUCCCAGCCACACAGCCCUGGACAGGGAAAGUAGGGGACUGAUUUUCCCUGUUCUACCUUCAAUACUGUUUCCCCUUCUUCCUCUCUCCCCCUGCCACAGUUUGGAUAUACUAGUGGAAUACACACACACACACACACACACACACACACACACACAUACACACACUCCAGCUUCCCCAAGAAGCCCCCUUCCUUUGUCAAACUUCAUGAAUUUGUUUCUAGACACAUUAGCUUGGGGGGGGGGUUGUGGGGGGGAGAGGCUUGGGCUAGGAGGUGGGGCAUCCUGUGGCUGUUCUGUUUCCGGUCUCCUGUUUCCUUCCAGUCUCUUCCCUGUGCACUCUUAGAUCAAUCUGAGAUGAAACCAGUGCUCGGCCACACCAAGGCUGCCUGGCUUCUCUGUGGGCACCUGUGGGAUGCCUGCCUUGUCCCCAAGAAAGCAAAGGCCAAUAAAACUCAUCCCCAGCACCAUGAA